GGGGCCGGCGGCGCCUUGGAGGAGGCGGCGGCGGGGGGCAUGGACUCAGGCGGCAGGAACUCCUCGGGCGCCCCAAACAGCACCCUGAGCGAGUCUCAGGGCAGCGCCAUCCUCAUUUCAUUCAUCUACUCAGUGGUGUGCCUGGUGGGGCUGUGUGGCAACUCCAUGGUCAUCUACGUGAUCCUGCGUUAUGCCAAGAUGAAGACGGCCACCAACAUCUACAUCCUCAACUUGGCCAUUGCGGAUGAGCUACUGAUGCUUAGUGUCCCCUUCCUGGUCACCUCCACCCUGCUGCACCACUGGCCCUUUGGCUCGCUGCUCUGCCGCCUGGUGCUCAGCGUGGAUGCCAUCAACAUGUUCACCAGCAUCUAUUGCCUGACUGUGCUCAGCGUGGACCGCUACAUUGCUGUGGUGCACCCCAUCAAGGCAGCUAGGUACCGCCGGCCCACUGUGGCCAAGAUGGUGAACUUAGGUGUCUGGGUGCUGUCCAUCCUCAUCAUCCUGCCCAUCAUUAUCUUCUCCAACACUGCAGCCAACAGCGAUGGCACAGUAGCUUGCAACAUGCUCAUGCCAGAGCCCACCCAGAGGUGGCUGGUGGUCUUUGUGGUCUACACCUUUCUGAUGGGCUUUCUGCUGCCUGUAGUGGCCAUCUGCCUCUGCUACAUUCUCAUCAUUGCCAAGAUGCGCAUGGUGGCCUUGAAGGCUGGUUGGCAGCAGCGCAAGCGCUCGGAGCGCAAGAUCACCCUCAUGGUCAUGAUGGUGGUGAUGGUCUUCGUCAUCUGCUGGAUGCCCUUCUACAUUGUGCAGCUGGUCAACGUCUUCGUAGAGCAGGAUGAUGCCACUAUCAGUCAGCUCUCUGUAAUCUUGGGCUACGCCAACAGCUGUGCCAACCCCAUCCUCUAUGGCUUUCUCUCGGACAACUUCAAGCGAUCCUUCCAGCGGCUGCUCUGUCUCAGCUGGAUGGACAAUGCUGCAGAGGAGCCCAUCGACUACUAUGCCACUGCCCUCAAGAGCAGGGCUUACAGCGUGGAGGACUUCCCCCCGGACAACUUGGAAUCAGGGAGCAUGUACAGGAAUGGCACUUGCACCUCCAGGAUUACCACCCUCUGAGGAAAUGCCCCAGACCCCCAUCUCCACCACUGCCCCCCAGGAGGAGGGCACGUGAGGCUGGGAUCAUGGCAUGGGGUGGCUGGGAGGGAGGGGUUUUCGGUCCUGCCCAUCAGUGGCAGCGUUUGGCGUGAGAAGGAGCGAAGAAAACCCUAUGUCCUCCAUGUACUGUCCUGUCCCCCUGCUCAACUUCCCUGAGGGUCGGUGCGUGUGCUGAUGCUUUGACACCAUCUCAGUAAAUUGAUUGCUGCGCCCCAUAGAUCAGCUUGGAGUCCGGCAGCCAGGCCCUGCCACCCCUUGCUGUGUUUGACCAGAGGUUGUGUGGGUCCCACAGUGACUUUCCCCUUGCCUUUUGUAUAACUUUCCCAUGGCCCUGCCUCUCAUCCUCAGCGGAUGGGACCCUCCGGGCCACUGAGGCAGUGUGGAGCCAAGCACCAGCCAGCCAAGCACCACCAGCCCAGCUCAGCCUCCCCCAACUGCAAGCAGCACUGCUUGGCAUCUGCAGGCACAUGCCUUCCCUUCAGAGGGUAGAAACACUGGGAAAAGUCUCCUCCAACACACACCACCUCCUGCCCUGGAAAGGAGUAAGUGGCCUUCUCCGCCUUCCCAUGCAGAAAAGGAAGAGGGGAGGAAAAGAUCCGCUAGAAAAGGAGCAGCAAAUUCAUGGAGCUGCCUUUUGCUUCACAGACAGCCUUUGCCUUGCUGGGGACCAGCCCUCUGCCCUACGCUCAGGGAAGCAGGGCAGAAAAGGUCUUCGCAAAAGAAGUCCGAUUAUUGCCAUGCCUCGGAGCUGCACAGCAGGUUGCUGAUAAUGGGGAGAUAAACAGCCCCAUGACUCGCAGGGAGCAGAGUAUUGAGCUGAGGGGGCGGGUAGGGUUGAGCUGGAAAUGUUUGAAUGUGUCGGUACAUACAAUAAAGGUGUGCAAAUAAUAAAGUUUAAAGGGAGCACUGGACUGUGAAGCUAUUGUCCUGUGCCUGCUCCGUUAGCUGUGAAACAGCACCAAAGGGAGCUGAGACAGAGUUUUUGAAUGACCUGGGUAGCCGUCAAAUCACUUUAGCCUACAUGGAAAAAGGGGGACCAGUUUCAAAAUCUCCAUCAGGCUUUAAAUUAAAUACUUGACAGAAACAUACCUAAAGUAGUUGUUUGAUAAUAGCUGUUACCCUAGCUCCAAUUUCUUCUGUUGCACUAGCAACUGAAGGGGGUUUCAUAUGUUGCCGAUGUAAUAUACUGGCCCAGAGCUUCAUAAUGUUUCGUUUCUGAGAAUUGUUGUUUUUAGUGUGUGCCAAUGUCUUUUAUUUGAUUUUUUAAAAUUUGAUUCUUGUCACUGUGUCGUGAACGUGUUUCUCUGAAGCAAUUUAUACUGUGUACUUACGUCUGUGGUGGCUACUUGCAAGAGUGCAUUUAAAAUAGAUGAUGCUCAAGGAAGCUCUUUUUCAGAGAAAAAGGCUAUAACUCUUUCUAAAUAUUUUGUCU